AUGCUUAAUCACUGGCAACCUGGCACUCAGUACAAUGACGGCGCAAUAGUUCUCUACGAAGGUGUCCAGUACAGGAUCAUUCAGCCUCACCGAUCCCAGAGUGACUGGACCCCACCCGUGACGCCUGCCCUAUGGGGACGUCUGGAAGAUGGUGAUAACCACCGCCGUCCCCAUCAUGAGAAAUCUGGUCAAUGGGGUGAAGACUGCAAGUCCGAGCCGUGUGCUCCAUCAUACGACCAGCCUCCUCAGCAGCAGCAACAACAGCAGCAACAGCAGCAACAACCUUACCAUGCCCCUCAAGGUGACAUCCAGCCGACUAAUGAGGGAGGUCAGAAGCACUGGUAUGACAUUGACGACAAAAAGAAGAAAGAGCUUGAGAUCGGAGGGGGCCUCCUGGCCGGUGUUGGUGCCCUUGCUGCUGGCGUUUAUGCCUACAAUCAACACGGAAAGAACGAGGAAGAGAAAAAAGCGCAUUCCUGGUCGCAAAGCAACUGGCUUCGUGAUGCAGAGCAACGCACCCAGGCUUUCCGAAGCGGAAAUUACCCUGGUCCGGUUGCAUGGGUCCUCAAUGAGGGUAAGAACAUCCCUCACAAUGCUAUCGAAGGUGGAUUUGAGCGCGGCGCGCCUUUGUACAUCUGCCGUGCUUACCACGAGGCAAUGGUCGGGAAGGCAUGCUCUGUCUUCAAGAAAGGAGCUGUGAUUGGCUACAAGAAGGAAGAAAUUCACCUUAAUCAAUAUGAAAUUCUUGUCGGGAACCCUCAAGCCGUGCGAUGGGUAAACGUUUCCGGCCAAUUCAGUUUGGCAUCUCUCGACGGACUUCGACCUGUUGAAGGUGGCCGGGAGCCCGGGGGCGCUCUUCAAUACGUUGCCCAAGCUCCUUACCAUGGAGCCGUGCACCCAGGGAAGGCGUGCGAGACGUUCGGUGAUGGUUGCUACAUCCCUUACGACUCCACAGAGAAGAAGGUUAAGGCGAGUACAAAUGCCAACAACGUUGACAGGAUCUGA